CACUUCCGCUCGCCCGUCUAAAACCGCGCCUGCGCACUGCAUCUCUUCCUCUCUGGGCGCUCACCUAGUGUACGGCGACAUGGCCAAACGUACCAAGAAGGUGGGGAUCGUCGGUAAAUACGGGACCCGUUAUGGUGCCUCCCUCAGAAAAAUGGUGAAGAAAAUUGAAAUCAGCCAGCACGCCAAGUACACUUGCUCCUUUUGUGGCAAAACCAAGAUGAAGAGGCGAGCUGUGGGGAUCUGGCACUGUGGUUCCUGCAUGAAAACGGUGGCAGGUGGAGCCUGGACCUAUAACACCACUUCCGCUGUCACAGUAAAGUCUGCCAUCAGAAGACUGAAGGAAUUGAAAGACCAGUAGAAGUUCUACGAUGUGGAAAUUGCGAGCCUAUAAUAAAUGGGUUAAUUUAUGUAACGGAA